AUGUCCGAUCCCGCGGGAGGGGUGCCUCAACAGCUUUUGCCCCAUAUGCACCUCGUUUCCAGCUACCGGUAUCCCCUGACGAGCACUCUCUCCCACGAAACUGCUGUCGAUUACCUUAUCUCGGCGCCCAAGGUUGUUCGAGAGUUACAGACGGUGCACUGGAUGUUCCUUGACGGUCCUCCUGAUGGGACUGUGCUCCUAACGUGGCAGCCCCUGAAUUAUCUUGGUACAAAUUUCGCGAGCGACGGCUACUUUUGGGCAGACGCGGAGCAGCUCUACAGCACAGAAAUAAGAGGCUACAAUCUAGAGCUUUAUCUUCAGCGCUGCGGAUAUCAUUCACCCAAUGAAACGAUAGCUGCACAUUGCCGGAAGCGAUACCGUCUGACUCCCUCUAAAAACCCGAAUGCGAAUGUUUUGCCCUGCGAUCCAUCUUUAUGGAUAAUUCACUAUUCUAAAACCCCGUCUGUAGAUCAAUUACCCGUGAACCGGAUUCAAAUCACUCCUCAGAUGCACAAUAUUCUAGCGCAAAGACGUUUUCUUCAGAGCCAGGGACAGCUUGUGCGGAAGGAGUUCAUGCUGCACGACCGGAACAGCUGGCCAACCAUCAACCUUCCGCCACAAGUGGGACAGCAAAGCUUUGCGCAACAGGGUGUUGCAUACGCAAACCCUCUCCUAGGCCGACAGCAGGCUGGUCCAUUUUACCAACCACAGCCAGGGCAGAACAUACCCGGACCGCAAGGGAAAGCUGCAAGACCGAGUCGCUCCUCAGCAGCGGCAGCCAUGGUGAAUGUUGCUGUACCAGACUAUUCUCUAGAGGAAGAAGAAGUCUCGACGGGAGACAUACUGGAUGCUAUUACCCCACGGGAUAUCAGCAAGAUGAGGUAUCGCCACCACCACGAAUGGAUGGAUGAAAUUUUUGGUUCUCCCUACAGUGUGAGGCAGAUCAUGCCUGUGGAUCUAGGACUUGGUAGGAAAGGAGAACUUGAAUCUUUAACUUCUGGAUUCUUUGAUGCUCCUACAGGCCCGUCUCUUGCACAGAAAGAGCCCAGUGCUCCGAACACCACGGGGAAAAUGGAAACCGGUAGAGCAGAGGCCUUUGCCAAAUCUGUCGAUCGCAAAGUCUCUGAUAUAAAUGCUGAGAUUGAAAAGAUGAAAAAAAUACAUUCUAAAAGGUUGGAAAAGAUGAAACGAAUCACAGUUCUGAAAGAGGCUGAGCUAGCGCUCCGUGAUGCCUUCAUAGAUCCUGACGACGUGGGAACUGAGUUCUGGAGAGCUGAGGGCCGCUUGGAAGCUUUUGCCGGAGAAGAGUCUCUGCAAAUUGAUUAUCCUGACAAUCGUCCGAAAGCUAAAGUUGAUGAUAUUGUUCGCAACCUCGAGAGGCAUCUCGGGAAAGCAAUUGUGCCAAUCAGCGAAGUUGCCUGUGUCGAGAAAGGCGGUCUUCAGGAAAGGGCGCCAACACCCAAGCCUGCUAAUGGUUCGUCUGUGGGAGAUGUUGAUAUGGGUGGCGCCAACGUUGCCUUACCUGGCCAACUUGAUGGGGCAGCUGAUUCCGCACAACGACACCCAUCAGCCGCUACCACAGCAGUUCCCGCACCGGUCCCUAUAACAGCUCCAUCUGUUCAGCAGACUGAGGCUGGAAAGGCUAAUGUCCCUUUACCAAAUACCACCACUCAAGCGCCAUCAGCAAUUGGCACCUUGCUUCCAGCUGUGCCUUCCAAGCCGGAUAGUAGUGGCGAUGUCGAGAUGGGCGGGGUGGAGAGUGACAACCUUCCCACUACCACUACAGAUCAGGAAACCGGCGACUGGGUGAUGGUUAGCAAGGAAGACAAUUUUCCGGCAAAUGAAAGCACUGCCCCUACUGAAGGAAACGGUAAACCUUCCAGCGCAGAGCUCUCAGUCGCAGCUGCGGGAGCAGCAGCAGCAGCAGCAGCAGCAACAGGCCCUCCAGGGAGUGGACUUCAAGGACUAACGCCUGCCGGUAACAUUGAAUUGGGUGAGCCCAGUGCGCUUGAAACAAACAAUUUCGACGACGCCGCUGGGUUCAGCAAUAUUGACUCUGCCGGAGACGCAUUGGCAGCGUACAGUGAGCAGAAUGAUGAUCUUGGAAUGGAGGAGCUUGAUAAUUCUGCGUUUGGGGAAGCUUUCCAUGCCUCGGAGGCUGAGCGCGGGGAGCAGCCUCCUGAUAAUGAGGAGAUUUCAUGA